CUGCACUACGGGACCCUGCUGGGCAGCAGAGCUUGUGCCACCAUGGCAGCAGCUGCCUGGGGCACUGGGCUUCUCUAUUCCCUGCUGCACACUGCCAAUACUUUUUCUAUUCCUCUCUGCCAAGGCAAUGCUGUGGACCAGUUCUUUUGUGAAAUCUCCCAGAUCCUCAAGCUCUCUUGCUCAGAAUCUGAUUACCUCAGUGAAGCUGGGAUUAUUGCUUUUAGUUUUUCAUUUGUCCUUGGGUGCUUUGCUUUCAUUCUUUUCUCCUAUGUGCAGAUCUUCAGGGCCGUGCUGAGGAUACCCUCUGAGCAAGGACUGCACAAAGCCUUCUCCACGUGCCUUCCUCACCUGGCCGUGGUCUCCCUGUUUCUCAGCACUGGCAUGUUUGCCUACCUGAAGCCCCCCUCCAUCUCCUCCCCAUCCCUGGACCUGCUGGUUGCUGUUCUGUACUCAGUAGUGCCUCCAGCACCUGUCCAGGUCCCUCUGGAUGGCACCCCUUCAUUCUGUCGUGCCAACCGUACCACGCAGCCUGGUGACAUCAGCAGAGUUGCUGAGGGUGCGCUCUAUCUCAUCAUCCAUGCCACUGAGAGGCGUUGA